AUGCGUGGAGACCCGACCGACUGGAGCACCGACGCGAUCGUAAACGAUGCCAACAGUUUGCUGUACCACAAGAGCGGGCUGGCAGCCACCAUCGUUCGCAAAGGAGACCAGGUGAUCCAACGUGAGAGCAACGAGUGGAUCUACCGCUAUCGCGAAGUUCGCGUCGGAUCUGUGGUGUGGACGUCGGCAGGCAAGGUUUCGAGCAGGUUUAUCAUCCAUGCAGUCGGCCCGGACGUUAGUCACUAUCGCUGGCCUACCCAGCAGCAUCAGUUGAAUCUCCGCCGGACUGUUCGAAGUGCACUCGUGGUAGCUGAUGCAUUAGGCGUGACAUCGGUCACUAUGCCCGCGAUAUCGACGGGCCCUGCUCGAUAUCCAAAGUACCUCGCUGCCCGAGAGAUCGUGGCCGAGUGCCUUCAGUAUUGCGACGACUACCCUGCGACAUCGCUGCGUCUGAUUGUUUUGAUGAACGAAGGUGAAGUGACGACGUCGAUCUUCACGCAGGCGCUGAAAGAGGAGCGACAGCAGCGUCAAUUGCAGCGCAGUAGUGUCGUACACGUGCCCACUACCACAGACACCACGAGUUUUGGAGCUCUCCUUAGCGGCACCAAUGCUAGCGUAACUGUUCUUUAA